GAGCCUCUCGCAGCCGCAGAGGACUCUCUCCACCCCGAACACCCCCAGCGAGAUAAAUUCAAAUCCCGCGGAGACAUGGACGUCUCCCCGUCUCCUCCCGACCUCGAAUCCCGCGGAAUCCCCGGCUUCCUGUGCACGCCUCCUGAACAGAUCGGGAAGGUCGGGGAGGAGGCAAUGGCGGCGGAGGAGAAUGGCGGCGCCGACAGGGUCACCAUUGGCGUCUGCGUCAUGGAGAAGAAGGUGUACUGCUCCCCAAUGGAGCAGAUUCUCGAGAGGCUCCGCGCGUUUGGAGAAUUCGAGAUCAUAAUAUUUGGAGAUAAGGUUAUUCUUGAGGAUCCUAUUGAGAUUUGGCCAAAGUGUGACUGCUUGAUUGCCUUCUGUUCGUCUGGUUUUCCUCUUCAAAAGGCUCAGGCUUAUGCUGCUUUACGAAGGCCAUUUUUAGUGAAUGAACUGGAGCAACAAUACCUCCUUCAUGACCGCAGAAAAGUGUACGAGCAUCUUGAGAAGUAUGGAAUUCCUGUACCCAAUUAUGCUCUUGUCAAUAGAGAGUUUCCAUACCAAGAGCUAGACCACUUCAUUGAGCAAGAAGAUUUUGUUGAGAUCCACGGAAAGCGAUUUUUGAAGCCCUUUGUGGAGAAACCUGCUAAUGGUGAUGACCAUAGAAUAAUGAUUUACUAUCCUAAUUCUGCUGGAGGCGGAAUGAAGGAAUUAUUCCGAAAGGUUGGUAACCGUUCUAGUGAAUUUCAUCCUGAUGUCAGGAGAGUCAGGCGUGAAGGAUCUUACAUUUAUGAGGAGUUCAUGCCUACCGGUGGUACAGAUGUUAAAGUUUAUACAGUUGGCUCAGGUUAUGCACAUGCUGAGGCACGCAAAUCACCAGUCGUUGAUGGUGUCGUUAUGAGGAAUCCUGAUGGGAAAGAAGUACGAUAUCCUGUUCUUUUGACACCUACGGAGAAACAAAUGGCGAGAGACGUCUGCAGUGCUUUUAGACAGAUGGUUUGUGGUUUUGAUCUCUUAAGGUGCGAUGGAAGAUCAUAUGUUUGUGAUGUUAAUGGAUGGAGCUUUGUGAAGAACUCUUACAAGUAUUAUGAUGAUGCUGCAUGCAUCUUGCGGAAAAUAUUUCUUGAUGCAAAAGCUCCUCAUCUUUCAUCAACCAUUCCUCCAACCCUUCCUUGGAAAUCGAAAGAACCAGAUCAGUCUACUGAAGGUCUUACACGCCAGGGAAGUGGAAUUAUUGGUACAUUUGGUCAGUCAGAAGAACUACGCUGCGUCAUUGUUGUGAUACGCCACGGUGAUCGAACACCAAAGCAGAAAGUGAAACUGAAAGUUACAGAGGAAAAACUCCUGAACUUGAUGUUGAAGUACAAUGGUGGAAAGUCAAGAGCUGAGACAAAACUGAAAAGUGCCGUACAAUUACAAGACUUGCUAGAUGCCACAAGACAACUUGUACCACCAACUAGGUCAGGUCAGGAGAGCGAUAGUGAUGCUGAAGAUUUGGAGCAUAUUGAAAAGCUUCGACAAGUCAAAGCAGUACUGGAGGAGGGUGGACAUUUCUCGGGUAUUUAUCGGAAAGUGCAGCUAAAGCCACUUAAAUGGAUUAAAGUUCCAAAGCAGAAUGGUGAUGGUGAAGAGGAGCGGCCAAUAGAAGCUCUCAUGAUUCUGAAAUAUGGUGGUGUACUCACUCAUGCUGGGAGAAAGCAGGCAGAAGAAUUGGGAAGGUUUUUCAGAAACAACAUUUAUCCAGGGGAAGGAACAGGUUUGCUUCGCCUUCAUAGCACAUACAGACACGAUCUAAAAAUCUACAGUUCAGAUGAAGGACGUGUCCAGAUGUCUGCUGCAGCAUUUGCGAAAGGUCUUCUUGAUUUGGAAGGACAACUAACUCCCAUACUGGUCUCUCUUGUAAGUAAAGACUCAUCUAUGCUAGAUGGACUGGAAGAUGCUAGCAUUGAGAUGGACGAAGCAAAGGCUAGAUUGCAUGAAAUCAUCAUUUCAAAUGCUAAAGCAAAGAAUACCAAUGAAUCAGUGGAGCUUCCAUGGAUGGUUGACGGUGCAGGUUUGCCUGCAGAUGCUUCUCAACUUCUCCCUAAGAUGGCCAAGUUGACGAAACAAGUUACUGCACAAGUCAAGCUGCUUGCUGAAGGUGAAGAUGAGAAGCUUGCACUGACAAGCUCAUUUUCUAGAUAUGACCAAGCAAAAGCUCUUGGGAAAACAACAAUUGAUGUCACUCGUAUUGCUGCUGGGUUGCCUUGUGGCAGUGAAAGCUUCCUCUUGAUGUUUGCUCGAUGGAAAAAACAUGAGAGAGAUUUCUAUAAUGAAAGAAAGGACCGAUUUGACAUUACACAGAUUCCAGAUGUCUAUGACUCAUGCAAAUAUGAUCUGGUGCAUAAUGCUCAUCUCAAUCUUGAAGGUUUGGAAGAGCUUUACAAAGUUGCUCAACUUCUUGCGGAUGGUGUUAUUCCAAAUGAGUACGGGAUCAACCCGAAGCAAAAACUUAAAAUUGGCUCGAAGAUAGCACGCCGGUUAAUGGGGAAAGUUCUGAUUGAUUUACGGAACACCCGUGAAGAAGCCGUUUGUGUCGCCGAUCCAAAUUUAACUGAAGAUGAAGCUCUAUUCUUACCAACAAAAGAACUAGAGCACCAGCAAAAGCAUCAAGUUAGAAAUGAGGAUGGAAGAAGAUCCAGCACCACGAGUGAAAAGUCAAUGGACCAAGAAGAUGAAGAUGAUAGAGAAACUAAAUACCGCUUAGAUCCUAAGUAUGCCAACGUGAAGACACCUGACAGACAUGUCCGCACAAGGCUUUAUUUCACAUCGGAAUCCCAUAUACACUCAUUGAUGAAUGUCCUCCGGUAUUGCAAUUUGGACGAGUCUCUACAAGGAGAGGAUAGCCUUGUCUGCCAAAGUACUUUGGACCGACUACAUAGAACCAGGGAGCUCGAUUACAUGAGCAACAUCGUGCUUAGAAUGUUCGAAAAUACAGAGGUUCCAUUAGAAGAUGAGAAAAGGUUCCGGAUCGAAAUGACAUUCAGUCGUGGCGCUGAUCUAAGUCCUCUCGAGGACAAAACCAGCGAAACUUCUCCAUUGCUCCAGGAGCACACCCUGCCGAUAAUGGGACCUGAGAGACUGCAGGAAGUUGGUUCUUGCCUGACACUGGACAAGUUUGAGAAGAUGGUGCGACCAUUUGCCAUGCCCCCGGAGGACUUCCCCCCGGCUGCACCUCCACAAGCCUUAGGGUACUUUUCGAAAGGCGCUGGGGUGCUUGAACGGUUGGCUAGUUUCUGGCCUUUUCACAAGGGUGUGGCCAACGUCAAAUAGCUGAAACAAGAUGUAAAUUGGUGGAGAUAAGUUAGUGUGAAUAUUAUCUUUGUGAACAUUUGGUGGCAACGCCAUUUGCACAAUUUUGGUAAUACUGGUUCCAUCGUUCAGAAAACUGAAUUAUGCCGAUA